UCAACAACUACAAUGCAUUCCGCAGUCUAUUACGCUCCAAUUAUAAUUUUAUUGGUUCUUAAAUUAAAUCCAAUUCAGGCAUAUGGACAAAAAUUUACAACCAGCAAAAAUAAUGUCUAUUACAUUGAUAAAGAGCAGAAGUACUCUUGGUUCGAAGCCUUAAUUGCGUGCAUAGAAAUGGACAUGACUUUAGUAACAAUUGAUACGAGUACGAAAUCGCAAGAAAUCAAUACUCUCGUAAGAAAUAACUUUGGAAAUGUUCAUCUUUGGAUUGGUGGCAUUAUGACUCAAUAUCCGAAUCGACAUUUUAUAUGGCUUGAUACGGGAAAACCCUUCUCCUACACCAAUUGGCAGGGCAGUAAUCCAGACUUUUAUGGCCACAAUGAGUACUGUGCUCACAUUGGCUGGGGCAACGAUUUGCAAUGGAAUGAUAUUGCCUGCACCAAUCGCCAAGGUUUUAUAUGUGAGAACAGCCAAAAUCGCCAGCAAAAUAAACACAUGGAAGAAGAAUUGCAAAAGGAAAGGGUGAAACAACAAGAACUACAACAGCAACUGCUGCAGAGAGACCAAAAGCAACAAGAGUUACAGGCACAACUGCAAGAAAAGCAAAUACAGCAGGAUAAAUUGCAACAAGAAGUGGAAAGUGUCAAAGAAACAGCUGAAAAAGAAAAUCAGCGAUAUCAGCAAUUGCAGAGCAAUCUAAAACAAGAAGUUGAAGAACAACAUAAGAAGUUAAAACAUGGAGUAAGAAAAUUUGAACAGCUUGAGGAAGAUUUAAAAGAGGCCACAAGUAACCUGCAACAAUUACAGGAAGAGUUACAAAUACAGCAAAACUUAAAAGACCUGCUUCAGGAGGAGUUGCUUAAGCUUAAAGAGCAAGAACAGAUGCCAACAAAUGAUAUGCAUAAGAAAUAUCGCGAUAUUAUUUUGCAUUUUCAUCAAAAUCACAAGAGAAAAGAACUAUUUAAAAUGCGUUUGGGAUCUAUUUACACGCUGAUCUUGGUGUUAUUAAUUUUCAAAAUUAAUCGCAUUUGUGCCAAGGGAGAAUUCUAUACAUCAGAUGUACAAACUAAAUAUUAUAUAGAUUUUGACGAUAAGUUCAAUUGGUUUGAAAGUCAAAUAGCCUGUUUUAAAAUGAACAUGACACUGGUGGAUGUGGACACGAGUUCAAAAUCAAUGGAGCUGAAUACGCUAUUCAAAAAAAUUCGUAAGGAAAAUAAUGUGAAAAAUGUUACUCUUUGGAUUGGUGGUUUCAUGACUCAAUAUCCAACUGAUCAAUUCGUGUGGAUUUCAACGGGCAAACAAUUUACUUACACCAACUGGUACGGCAAAAAUCCAAACUUUCUCAACAAAGAAGAAUUUUGCGUAGAAAUGUUAAUGGCCCAGGAUUUAAAGUGGAAUGAUAUUUCCUGUCUGCAUAGUUCCGGCUAUGUAUGUGAACAGAGUAAACAUCAAGAGAUACAAGCGAAACUACAGGACAAACUGAAGCAAAGAGAGAAAUUGCAGCAGGAAUUGAAUAUUUUCAAGAAGACCUUAGAGCAAGAAACCCAAAACUAUUUGCAAGUACAACAAAAUCUACAACAUGAAGUGGACAAGAAGAAGGCACAAAUUGAGCAGGAAUUCACGAAAAACCUUAAUUUUGAGGAGAAUUUGAAGUUGGAAUUGAAAAAACAAAAUCAUUUAAAACAAGAACUGCAAAAGCAGGAAGACAACCAACACGAACUUCAAGAGCAGUUGCAACAAUUUGAAGAACAAGAGCUAAAAGAACAAGAAGCUCUGGAAGAUAAUUUACAAAAUGAAAUAAAAAAGAAACAACAUUUUCUACUAGAACUGCAAAAGCAACAAGAGUUGCAACUACAACUUCAAAUGCAACUGAAAAACCUUAAAGAUCAAAAGUUACAAACACAAGAGAAAUUAGAAGAGAAUUUAGAAACUGAAGUAAAAACGAAAGAGGUUUUACAUCAGACACUGCAACAGCAACAACAAUUCCAACAUCAAAUACAAGAACAGUUGCAGCAAUUUCAAGAGCAACAAUUGAAACGAGAGCAGAUAUUGCAAAAGGAAAUGGAAAAGAGACAACAACGUCAAGAACUUAAUUAUGAAGAGAAUUUACAAAAAAACUUACAAGAAAAACUUAAAUUAGAAGAAGAACUCAACCAGCAUCGAGAACAGCAACAUCAGCUUCAAACACAAUUACAAAAUCUCAAAGAAGAAAAAUCCAAACUAGAACAGGAUUUGGAAAUGGAUACAAAUAAGCAACAGGAACUAAAACAAGAAUUGCAAAAGCAACAAAACUUGAUAAAACAGCUGCAAGAGCAGAUAAAACAACUAAAAGAACAAGAAAAAGAAGCUAAACAAAGACUUGAAGAACAGUUGCAAGUGGAAGUAAAAAAGCAAGAAAAUUUGCAGCAAGAAUUGCUAACGCAACAAAAGUUGCAAGAUCAGCUGCAGCAGCAAUUACAACAAACUAAAGAAAAUGAAGCGAAUAAACAUGAAAAUCUUUUUGAAAAUUUACAAUUACAAAACCAAAUUAAGAACAAACUGAUAGCACCUAAAGACAACAACAAAUUUAAGAAAUACACCAAACUUGAAAAGAGCUCAAAGCAGCCAGUGAUUAAAGGAAAACUGCAAUAUAUGUUGCAACGAUUUAAGGAUACUAACGAGUUGCAAGAUGAUGAAAUUCCAAAUAAUGUUCACUAUAGCAUUAUAUUAAAUUCUCCCUAUAUUAAAUAUUGGAAUAACUUUUGA